CGCCCCACAACUAAAAGCAAACGAAAUGGUGCAGAUACUCUUGCAAAAGUACUUCUGCUACCAACAAUUAUAAUCCAAAGAUGCACUUACAACCGGCGUUUUCCGUGGAAACAAAAAAAGGGGCAACGUGGGAACAUAGGAUUUGUCAAACCCAUCCGACAAACAUGGAGUACCGCAACAAACUCGUUCUCGCCCCUAUGGUUCGCGUUGGCACUCUCCCAUUUAGAUUACUAGCUGCUCAAUAUGGUGCAGAUAUCACUUACGGCGAGGAAAUCAUUGACCACAAGAUGCUCAAGUGCGACCGCCAAAUCAACGAACUCAUUGGAUCCACUGAUUUUGUGGAGAAGGGGACAAAAAAUGUUGUGUUUAGAACCUGCGAUGAAGAAAAGGAUACGGUUGUAUUUCAAAUAGGCACAUCAGAUGCUGUGAGGGCCCUAGCUACUGCUCAGUUAGUGUGUAAUGAUGUUGCUGCUGUAGAUAUUAACAUGGGUUGCCCGAAGUCAUUUUCUGUGAGUGGUGGGAUGGGUGCUGCUCUGUUGUCCAAACCAGAGCUUAUUCAUGAUAUCUUAACAACAUUAAGGAGGAAUUUGAACACACCAGUAACAUGUAAGAUUCGACUUCUAAAAUCGCCACAUGAUACCGUGGAAUUAGCCAGACGAAUUGAGAAAACUGGUGUUUCUGCUCUUGCAGUCCAUGGAAGAAAAGUCCCAGAUAGGCCCAGAGAUCCUGCUAAGUGGAAUGAAAUCGCUGAUGUUGUGUCAGCAUUAUCUAUUCCAGUUAUAGCAAAUGGUGAUGUUUUUGAGUAUGAUGAUUUUGAACGCAUUAAAUCUGCCACAGGUGCCUCGUCAGUGAUGGUUGCCAGAGGGGCACUCUGGAAUGCUUCAAUGUUUUCGCCUGAAGGCAAAGUUUCUUAUGAAGCUGUGAAAAGAGAAUAUAUUAGGAAGUGCAUCUUGUGGGAUAACGAUUUAAAAAGCACCAAGCAUACAUUAAAGGAAAUGAUAAUGCAUUAUUCUUGCCUAGAACUGCCUGAAGGGAAGGCUGUGAUCAAAUCAGAGUCCAUGGCUGAUCUAGCGGAACUCUAUGGGCAAAGAGAAUACUACCAGUUAGUGAAACCUGGUUUUUUUUAAUGUCUUUUGGAACAUAAAAAUUCAGGGUGAGGACAUGGCUUCCCUGGUUUAGAAUUUGGGCAGCUCCGAGUUUAGGAGGCACAUUACAAGAAAUUUACACAACUUACCAAUUGAUUAUUCUUGAAUUCGAACUCAAGUAACAUGUUUGUCAUGGAUGGAGAUAACUAGAUGAGCUAAGCCCCACAAGCAUGGAUAUGGAUAUUGUUAUAGGCUUUAUUCAUGACUUGUAAUUUUUUUAUACAUAAUGUAAUAUUUAUUGUAGAGGAUUUUUUUUCUUUGGUAAAACAUGAACAAAAAUAUGAUUGACUGGUUCUGUAUUUUACCCCUGAUAUUUUUAAUAACCUGAAAAUUAAAUUAAUUUUA